AUGCGUAUCUCCGCAUCUCUCGGGGUUCUUGUGGCCAGCGGCCUUUUGGGUCACUCUGCCUCACAGGCCACUGAUUACAGUAAUACCAACGGCAGCCCCGGCACCCAACCUGACGGCUCUGGCAAUGCCAUCCCUGGCAACAAUGGAGGAGUGUCUAACACCUUUCCUUAUCCAACCAACGCUGUGGGAUCCAUCCCUGGCUCACUCCCCAGUGGUGUUGGCCCUGUCUUUCCUGGCGAUGGUUCCAAUGGUCUUCCUCCCACUGGGCCUGUUGACGGCCCUGGAAACCUUCCUGGCUCUGGCUCCUCAGGUGAUGGCUCCAACGGUCUUCCUCCCAAUGGACCUGCUGGCGGUCCUGGAAACCUUCCUGGAUCUAUCCCCGGUAACUCUCUAAGCAAUGCCAAUGGUAACAUCCCAGGCGCUGGAUCUGUGAUCAUUCCCGGCAGCUUUCCUACCAACAUUCCCCAGAACGUUCCCGGUUCCCCUGAUUCUCCCCCUUCUGGUGCCUCGGAUAUCCCUACUUGUCCCCUCCGCUCUACCAAGACUGUGGUUAUCACUAUCUACCCUACGGAUACUCAAAGCGAGUCCGGCUUCCACUGGCCCGAUGAUUCCGAUUCCGAUGGAUCUUACACCCUAACGCCUAUGCCCACCACGCCUCCUGGAAUCACUUCAUUGCCCUCAAACUCUGGUGUACCCAUUUUCACCACCUUAACACUUGACAUUUGGGGUCCUGAUGGCAGUCCUUCCAAUCCUGGUUCGGGCAACAAUGGCGACACAAGUACCAGCAAUGGAAGCCAGUCUAGUGACGGCAGCAGUCCUGGAGAUAGCUCCGGCAACAACGAUGGAACCGAUUCGCACGGCGGCAACGGCCCUGAUUCCAAUGGCGGAAACGAUUCUCACAACAACCCUGACUCCCCUUUCUUUCCUCCAACCCCUGGCCCCAACGGUGCUCCCCAGUACUCUGACAAUACUUCCGAAGGCUCGUCUGCUGGAAAUCCUGGAGCCUCGGGAAUCAACACACUGGCACCCACCCCUCUCCAGACAUCUGGAUAUCCCAACGGAGUUAUCCCUGGCAACCAGCCUCAGUUGCCUUCCGCAGGUCCUGCAGAAGAAGCCAGCGAUAGCCUUCCAGUCACCACCCAAGCCGGUGCUGAAGGCCAGGGCGAGACUUCUCCUUGGUUCACAAACGUCCCUGGAGGUAACGGUGCCGGUCAGCCAUCGUCCCUAUAUAUCACUAUCACUGGCCAAGAUGGUCUUCCCACUAUCAUCAGCAGUGAUGGGAAUGUGGUGUCGGGUGACGCUCAACCGCCAGCGACACCAGGAUCCUCCGAAAAUGGCAACAGCCCAGAGCUGCCCGGUGGAGUAUCUUCAGGCUUUCCUAUUCCUCCCCCAAUCUCCACUGGUAUCCCAGGAUCUCAGAACCCUUCCAACUCCCCCGCUGGAUCCCUACCUGGCAGUGGACCUGAUGCAGAUGUCACAACCUGUGCGACAUUCACCAUCACCGGCCCCAAUGGCCUCCCCACCGUCAUGGACUCUACUUGGGUCGUCCCUCUUAGCACCCUUUCCUUCGAAGCAUCUUCUCAAGUCUCCGCCACCUUUGAUCCCCAAGCACCAGUCUCAACCAUUUCAUCUGAACUUGGUCUUCCUACUGUUCCAGUUUCUGCAUCUGGGUCACCCGAAGAUGGAUCUGGAGGUUUAGCCGCGACCACAAGCACAAUUUUCACUAUGAUUGGUGCUGAUGGCAGUCCUACUGUCGUUUAUACCACUUGGAAUAUCCCAGCUGCCACUGUGUCAUCCGGAGACCCAGGUGACGCUUCUGCCCCUGCCUCAUCGGAAGACUUCAUGACCAUUACUGGGCUUCCUCCCUUUAGUUCCUCCGGCCUUGGUGGCGAAAUCACUACUGUUACUGGCCCAAAUGAUGUCGCCCAAAUCAAAACCUGCACCAGUUACACCGUUAUUGGUGCUGAUGGUCUCCCUACUGUCAUUGAUUCAACAUUUGUUAUUCCCGGUCCAGUUAACACUGAUGUUACUAUCGGUGGUGAUCCUGAACUUCCCUCAGGGGCUUCCGAUGCUCUUCCCAAUAGUGUCACAUCACCUGCUACUUUCCAAGUCACAAACAAUCCCGAGAUUCCUUCACUUAUCCCCACUGCUGCCACUGGAUCGGGAGGGUUGGGCAGUGAUGGUAUCACAACCUGCACCAGUUACACCAUGAUUGGUUCCGAUGGUCUCCCAACUGUCGUCGACACAAUUUGGGUCAUACCUGGGUCUGCCAAUACACAAUCUGAGCUGCCAGCCAACCCAUCAUUUGUCUCCAACUCACUUCCAACCGGCUUGCCUUCUGGUUUCCCUGGCCCAUUGACUUCCUCUGCAGGCAUUCCUUCCGAUGGCAACCAAGUAAGCGUGCCUGGUGUCAUUACUUGCAUCACUUACACUACUAUUGGACAAAAUGGUCUCCCUACCAUUGUUGACACAACUUUUGUGAUUCCUGUGGCUACUGCAACGCCUUCUGGAACAGGCCUGACACUCCCAACCGCCAAUGGCGACGGCCAGACUGGUUUGUCACUUAACCCCAAUGGAGCUUAUACUACUACAACGACAGCUGCGAUCAUGGGCCCGGAUGGUAACCCAACACCAACGGUCCAGACUAUCGUCUUCAGUGACUCUUCCGCCCUCGGAGUUUCAGUCAGCGCCCCCCAAGGCGGAACCUCAGGUAUUGUACCCUCAGGCAUUUCUGGACCCCUCUUCACCUCUGGAGACUUGAAUUCUCCUUCCACCGACACACCAAGCCUCAAUGGAUACGACGAUGGUAUCACCGGCGCUUCCAUGCCAGCUAUAUUGACCGAUGGUAGCGCCGCCGCAGAAGGUACAUCUGUUACUGGUACAACCACCGGGACCCUCACCUGGACUGUCACCUCUAUCACUAACCCUCCUGGUGCCCCCGUCUUCUCAGAUGGAGCUUCUCAGCCCCCAUUUGUGUCUGACCCUUCAAAUGGUGUCCCUGGCGGACAGGCUCAGCCUGACUAUGGAUCCGUUGCCACUGAAAGCACCCUCUGGCCUCUUUCUGCUGUUCAGACCUCUACCUGGACUAACGUUAUCAAGGCGGAGACCACUUCUUACACCUUCAACUAUCCUCUUACCACCCUCGCUACCGUCAAUGUACCCAUGAGGCGGCUUGCUCGCCGCCAGUCCAUGACUCCUUGGUCGAAUUCAACCACUUCUUUGCUAAGUGCAACAUCCGUAUCCACAGUCACAACCUCUGAGACCAGUUCUCCCACGGUUUGUCCUGUAGGUGGAAGCAUUGGUAACACCACCAUUGAUUUUGACAACUCUAAGCAUGGUCCACUCUUCAACCCUGUUGAAAACAUUUGGUUCUCUGGCGGCUUCCUCAUCGCACCCCCAACUUCACAGCAGUCCCAGCCAUACAUCCCAUCCUCUGGUGGCCAGCUCGUGGAGUUCGUCCCUCCCGCUCUUUCGAAUACUACAACUACGAUCUCUGGAGACGUUGCUCAGAUUGGUAUGGGUCCUCAUGCCGUCAGCCCCUGUUUCCGCUUUGACUUCUUUGGUGCGAAUCUUGGAUGUGAUGCUCGCGGAGAUGAAAAGUGGUGCGAGUUUGAUAUCUCAGCCUAUCGCUGGAAUGAGACUUCAUCCACCGAAGAAUCGAUCGCUUGGUCAGAAACCAAGCAAGUACCUGCUUGCCCUAAGUUCUCAGAGGGCGGUUACGAACUGACCCGGGUUGAUCUGGAUGGGUACAAGGACCUCUCAUCGAUCUUGAUCACCUUACGUGUUUCAUCAGACCUUCGAGUCUGGUGGGGAGAUGAUUUUCGUAUUGGUUGGAGCGACAACAGCUGUAUCGCUGCAUCCUGCCGCGCAAAUGCGCCAUAUCAGUUCGUCAAACGAGAGACGGUCAUUUCCGCUCUGCGACAAGGUGUCUACCGGUGGACACCAUAUGAACUGAAGCGACUUGACGACAGUUUGGUAUGGGAGUCUGCCAACUGA